AUGUUUGUUGCAACUUCGUCAACAUUAAAUAAUAAUCAUCCACCGUCAUAUAUUGUUGCUGCUACAACAACUACAGCAACAACAACAACAACAACAAACACUGGAAUUGAUCCAACAACAAGUAAUAAUACAUCACAAACAUUAAGUGAUAUUAAACUUAUUUGUAUUCAAAGAAAAAAGAAAACCAAACGUCAUAUAUAUUUAACAUUUAUUGAAAGUCGUUCAUUAUCAUCAACAAAUGAAGAACCAUGUAUUGAAAUAACUCCAAAAUCUAAUGCUUCAUCACAAUCAUUAUCAUAUCCAUUAAAUGACUGUAUAUCAUUUGAAUAUUUUGAUGCAGUUAAAAAUGAUUUUAAUUCAUUUAUUUAUGCUUAUUUUGAAUCUUAUACAAUAUCAAUAUUUUUUUCUGAUGAUAAUCUUGAUAAAAAAUCUUUAAUUAUUAAACAUCUUGAAUAUAUGUCCCAAAGUAAAGCAGAAAAAUCAUCAACAUUAAAUACAAAUUCUUCACAAGAUCCAACACUAUCUCAAUCGUCAUCAACAACAAUAAUGCAACCAUCACAACAGCAAACAUCUGUUUUACCAUGUCCAUCAACAACAGAAAAUAUUUCACAUACAUUCGAUGUUAAUUUAAUUCCAUAUGGUACAAUUAUAAAUCGUGAUCAUGUAUUAAUUGGUCCAGCACGUCUUUAUUUUACAACAACAGAUCUUUAUAUAGCAUCAAUACAUUGUAAUCGAACUGAUUUAAAAAUUACAAUUACAAAUCAAUGUCCAUCAAACGAUAAAGCUAUUUUAUGUAUACCUUAUUUUACAAUAAAAAAUUAUGGUAAUCGUUCAAAUAUAUUUCUUAUUGAAUUAGGCAAGUCAAAUUAUGGUAAUGGUGAAAUACAUAUGAAAUGUCAUUCAUCAUCAUUAGCAGGUACAAUACAUUUAUUAGUUAGUCCUGUUAUUGAAGAACGUCCAUUAGUACUUUCAUCAGCAUUUCAAAAUCAAUUAUUAACUAAUAAACGUAUUGAAAAAUCUAAAAAUAUUCAUCCACCUAUACAACUUAAUAAUGAUACAAAUAAUCAAUCGAUAUUAGAUUCAUCAUUAUCAUUUAUUAAAAAUAAGAAAACAAUUGAAACAACAGAUACUAAUUCAAAUACAACAUCAACAAAAACAAAUGAAAUUAAAUCACAUUUACUUAUUGGAUUUUUUCGUGCAUUAACAAAAAAUGUUUCUAAUUUAAGACGAUCAGCGACAUUUCAUAGUAACAAUAAUAAUAAUGAACAAUUAUUAACAACAGAUAAUAAUUUAUUCUUGAAAAAUAAAUCUGUUGCAUUUAAUAUUGAUGAAAAAAAUCUUCAGAAUGAUCAACAUCAAAUUAUUUUACCUGAUUAUCAAAAAAAUACUGAUUCAACAUUAAGUGUUUCAUCAACAAUGACAAAACGAACUAGUGAAACAAUGUUAACAUCAACAUCAACAAUUAAUACGAAUAAACAAGAAACAACAAUGGGAACAUAUAUUGAUAUGGGUUUAGCCAUGCCACAUUCAAAUCAACAUCAACAACAAGAAACUCAAGAUGAAGUUAUUACAAAAGAAACAACAGCAACCGCUGAUAUUGGUGUUAAUACUACUAUUACUCUAUCGCCUCAUGUUCGUUCAGCAAUUAUAGUUGGAAAUUCAGUUCAUUUAAUAGCUGAUGACCAUAAUCUUUUUCCUAUUGGUCAACGUUCAUUUACUUCACCUGCUAGUGUUAUGCAACCAUUUAAAACACAAUUAACCGGUCAAACUAUAGCUAAUGGUUAUGGUACUUCAUCUGAUUUAAUAACAUCAUCGCCAGAUAGUUCAAAUUCUCUCCAACAAACAAAUUCCGUAUCAAAUUCUCAUAAAUCACUAUUACUCUCCUAUGGUAUUGUUACAUUUAAUAAUAAUGAUUUUUUAACAAAUGAUCAAACUGAACUUGCAACAAGUCCAUUAUCAGAUAGUGUAACACUUGAUCAUCGUCUCAAUUCAGAUUUAAGUCUUAGAUCAAUGUCUCAACAGCAGCAAUAUGGAUCAACUAUGCAUCCAAUUGAUACAAUAUCAUCAUCAUCAAGUGCACAUAUAUUUCAUACAUUAUCUCUAUCAGCAAAUAGUAUUGGUGAUACAACAUCAUCUCAAAUGCGAACACCACAUGGUUCAAUUUUAUUGUUUGAUGAUCAUGGUAAUGAUCAAAUAACAACAUAUUUACUUGGACCACCACAAAAUUCAAAUAAUGAUACAAUACAAACACAUUUAUCAUCGUUUAAUUUAGCAACAUCUAUGUCACGUCAACAAUUAUCACAUAUUGAUGAAGAAAAAACUUCAUCAAAUGAUCCAUAUGCAUUAGUUGAACCAUCAAUACAAGAUACUUCAUCAAAAUCAACAUUAGUAAUUAAUUCAAAUAGUUCAUUACCACAAUCCGAAGUAUCUAUAAAUUAUGCUGAUUUACUUUUACCAUCACAUGUAACAAAUGAAUAUUCGGAUAGUAAUGAACAACAACAACAGCAACAGCAACAGCAACAGCAACAACAAAUAAAUAAUUCGGAUGAUAUUAUUAUGAACGAAAAUGAUGCUUAUGAAGAACAAGAUUUUGAAAAUAAUGAACGAACAUCAGCAAAACUUUAUGCAGAUAUUGAUUUUCAACAAACACAACGAUAUGAUCGUAUUGUUCAAUCUGCUGCUAAAAACAAAUUGGAAGAUCAAACUCCACCGUUUGUUCUAUAA